GAAAGAAAAGAGGUCGGGAGCGCUCGCGAGAUCUCAGAUCGCCGGACCCGAAAGGUUCUUAAGAAGUUGAAGGGCCGAGAGGAGGCCCCGGGGCAAAUGGCCGGAGCUGGACCAACCAUGCUGUUACGAGAGGAGAAUGGCUGUUGCAGCCGGCGUCAAAGCAGCUCCAGCGCCGGGGACUCAGACGGGGAGCGCGAGGACUCGCCGGCUGCGCGCGCCCGACAGCAGCUGGAGGCGCUGCUGAACAAGACUAUGCGUAUUCGCAUGACAGACGGACGGACACUGGUCGGCUGCUUCCUCUGCACCGACCGCGACUGCAAUGUCAUCCUGGGCUCGGCGCAGGAGUUCCUCAAGCCGUCGGAUUCCUUCUCUGCCGGGGAACCCCGUGUGCUGGGCCUGGCCAUGGUACCAGGACACCACAUCGUUUCCAUUGAGGUGCAGAGAGAGAGCCUGGCGGCGCCUCCUUAUCUCUGAUCACGAUCGCGCGUGCCUUUCAGACUUCAUUAAACCUAUAACAGAA